UUAGCAUCCGCCACGCGACGUGGCUUCCCUCCCUCCAGUCCUGCCCGUCCCACGCUCGGCCCUGGCGGGGUCCGGCAGUCCGCCGGCAGGGCCGUGGCCUGCACACGCUCAGCCCGCCGCCCUGUGCAGGACCUCGCGGUGCUUCCAGACGCACAGAGCAUCCCAGCGAGCCGCGGGAUGAGCGGGGAAGGGCGAUGGCCAGAGCUGCCGCCAGCAGGCACGCAGGUAGCGGUGCUACAGCAGUCGUCCAGGCAGCACUCUGCAAACCCAGGCAAGAACGUGUAGCAAUAAAGAGGAUCAACUUAGAAAAAUGCCAAACCAGUAUGGAUGAAUUACUUAAAGAAAUUCAAGCAAUGAGUCAGUGCAAUCACCCUAAUGUGGUGACCUAUUACACAUCUUUUGUGGUGAAGGAUGAACUGUGGCUGGUUAUGAAGCUAUUAAGUGGGGGUUCAAUGCUUGAUAUAAUAAAGUAUAUUGUGAACAGAGGAGAGCACAAAAAUGGUGUGCUUGAAGAACCCAUAAUAGCAACAAUUCUUAAAGAAGUUUUGGAGGGCUUAGACUAUCUACACAGGAAUGGGCAAAUUCACAGAGAUUUGAAGGCUGGCAACAUUCUACUGGGUGAGGAUGGCUCUGUACAAAUAGCAGAUUUUGGUGUUAGUGCAUUUUUAGCAACUGGAGGUGAUGUUACUCGUAACAAAGUAAGGAAAACAUUUGUUGGUACUCCCUGUUGGAUGGCCCCUGAAGUAAUGGAGCAGGUGCGAGGUUAUGACUUCAAGGCCGAUAUGUGGAGUUUUGGGAUAACAGCCAUUGAGUUAGCAACAGGAGCAGCACCUUACCACAAAUACCCUCCUAUGAAAGUGUUAAUGCUAACGCUUCAAAAUGACCCUCCCACUUUAGAGACAGGUGUAGAGGACAAGGAGAUGAUGAAAAAGUAUGGCAAAUCCUUUAGAAAACUAAUCUCAUUAUGCCUUCAAAAAGAUCCUUCCAAAAGGCCCACAGCAGCAGAACUUUUAAAAUGCAAAUUUUUCCAGAAAGCCAAGAAUAGAGAAUACCUGAUUGAAAAGCUUCUCACUAGAACACCUAAUAUAGCACAAAGAGCAAAAAAGGUCAGACGAGUGCCAGGUUCCAGUGGUCACCUCCAUAAAACAGAAGAUGGGGACUGGGAAUGGAGUGAUGAUGAAAUGGAUGAGAAGAGUGAGGAAGGCAAAGCUGCUGUUUCUCAGGAAAAGUCACGAAGACUGAAAGAGGUGGAGAACACAGAGUCUCAGCCUGCUGUUAGUGAGGAAUACAGUCAAGUUCCAUGUGCGGUGAAUCUUGUCUUAAGAUUAAGGAACUCCAGGAAAGAACUUAAUGACAUACGGUUUGAGUUUACUCCCGGCAGAGACACAGCAGAUGGCGUUUCUCAGGAGCUGUUCUCUGCAGGCCUGGUUGAUGGCCAUGAUGUAGUUAUAGUUGCUGCUAAUUUACAGAAGAUAGUAGAUGAUCCAAAGGCUUUGAAAACCCUGACUUUUAAGUUGGCCUCUGGCUGUGAUGGCACUGAGAUUCCUGAUGAAGUGAAACUGAUUGGUUUUGCUCAGUUAAGUGUCAGCUGAUGUCUGUCCCUUGACCCCAAGCCGAAUUGUGAGAUUGCGAAAAAGCCAGCUUAGAUGCAAAGGAAAAUUAAUGCACCACACACUGAGUUCUGCUUCAUUAUCUAGCAAUUCACAAAGUCAGAACAAGCAAAGCCCACAGCUACACCGCUGCUGUUAACGUUCAAAAUGCUCCUAAAUGUCUCUUAGCAGUUGAUUUGGAUUCUCCCAAAGUGAAAAGCCUGUGGAAAUGCUCUCAGGUGGCUGUACUUAUUGGUUACAAAAGGAACUUUCUAUCAAGCUUACUUCUUUCAUAGACUUUGAGUGAUACUAUUUUACCUGUACUUGUGGUUGAUAAUACUGCCUUUGUUCUGUUACAUUUAGAAAUUAACAUACAUAUAAAAGUUUAGAAAUUUUAGCCAAACUUGAAUUCUAGUUUAAAAAAUGACUGUGAAUUUUAUUUUUCAUAUAUUUAUGCAUUACACCUACUAGUAAUAAGAAAAUUAUUUGACUUGAUUAUGUGCUAUUUGCAGUUAAUCUCCCACUAUUUAAAAGAGUCUUUGAAGUAUUUGGUAACUUCUAGGGGUUUUUUGAAAUAAUUUGAUCUGGCAUUAGCAAGAUUUUGUUGGUUGUGUGUCAAAAAACAGUCCACAAACUGAUCCUCAAGGGAGUGGGAGGUGCCUUGCAGAUAUUAAUGUUUUAAGAAUGUGCCUGAGGCUGCUUAUAUAAAUAAUCUCAAUUUUCUAGAAGUACCAUACAUAUGGUACAAUAAAUAUAAAUAUUGUUAUCUGAGCAAGGAGGGGAUAUACAGUAGCAAAGGUGUUAGAGUGUUUUGACUAUGCUUUACUGGGGAGUCCAUGAGCUAGAGCUACUGUGAACUGUUGUUAAGGUAGAACGCUUACUGUGUCCAUCUCUGAUCUGACUUACCUGUAAUGAUAGAAACCAGUUUCAUACUAGUGAAUAAAAACCUGAAGAAUGGAACUGAAGCUUUAUUUGAAGUUCUGCUAAAUGCCAAGGUGGAGUGAAAAUAAUAGGGCUUUGUGCAAUGAUCAAGGAAAACUCUGUUACAAAGAAAACACUUCGACCCAAGUAGUCCUCUGCUUAACCUGUGACAUAGAUGUUAUGGAGCUAGGGAACCUUAGAAAGACUUCCACAUUUGGAGAUGUGUUUCUCAGAGGUUACACUUCAAACUACUUCCUAGUUAAUCCUAGAUAAGUGGCAGCUCUUUAAUGUACUGAAAAUGGCAAAUAUAUAUUGUUAAGAGAAGUUAUUUAUAACGCCUUGUCAUAAUCGUUGAGGUGUUCUAGAACUAUUUGCAUAUGACUCGAUGUAAUCCCAUCCCAUCCUACUGUUUACAUGAUGAUUACUCCAAGAUGACUGCAAAGAUUAAAAAAAUAAAAUUAAAAUAAAGAUAUAUUGCACAAACUGA